AUAUAUAUAUCGCUUCCGGGUCUGAAAACAGUCCUUCCGGCUCGACCGCCAUUAGAGACAGCAGCAGAAAUGGGAAUCCGCUACCCCAUGGCCGUUGGCCUUAACAAAGGCCACCCAGUCACCAAGAAUGUGACCGCUCCAAAACACAGCCGCCGUCGCGGGCGUCUGACCAAGCACAGCAAGUUUGUGCGUGACAUGAUCCGUGAAGUGUGCGGGUUUGCUCCAUAUGAGAGGCGAGCCAUGGAGCUGCUGAAGGUGUCAAAGGACAAGAGAGCCCUCAAGUUUAUCAAGAAGAGGAUUGGAACUCACAUCAGGGCCAAGAGAAAGAGGGAGGAGCUGAGCAACGUUCUGGCUGCCAUGAGAAAGGCUGCUGCCAAGAAAGACUAAUUUGUUGCUUAAUUAAAGUUUUCUAAACUACAAAAUCCA